GUCACUGGCUGUGGCACCGUGAAAGCCGCUGGCGGAGAUGGCGGAAGCCGAGAUCCCCGCGGCAGCCCCGCGGCUCUUCACGUGGAACGAGAUCCAGCUGCGAUCGGGCAAGGCGCCGGAGCGGUGGCUGGUGAUCGACAGGAAGGUCUACGACAUCAGCCAGUUCCACAAGCGGCACCCGGGGGGCUCCCGCGUGAUCAGCCACUAUGCGGGCCAGGACGCCACGGAUCCCUUCACAGCAUUCCACCUGGACAAGACUCUAGUAAGAAAGUACAUGAAGCCCUUGCUCAUUGGGGAGCUUGCAGCAGAUCAGCCCAGCUUUGAACCCAGCAAAAAUAAACUGCAUGUAGAUGAUUUUCGUGAGCUCCGUGCUACCGUUGAGAAGAUGGGGCUUCUGAAUCCCAACCGCCUCUUUUUCUUGCUGUACCUCAUGCACAUCUUGCUGCUGGAUGUGGCAGCUUGGCUCAACCUCUGGUACUUUGGACCAUCCUUGGUGCCUUUCCUCUUCUCUGGAUUGCUGCUUGGCACUGUACAGGCGCAAGCUGGCUGGCUGCAGCAUGAUUUGGGACACCUUUCGGUCUUUGGCAAAUCCAAGUGGAACCACUGGGUUCACAAAUUUGUGAUUGGACAUCUGAAGGGGGCACCAGCUAGCUGGUGGAAUCACUGGCAUUUCCAGCACCAUGCUAAACCUAACUGUUUCCGCAAGGACCCUGAUCUCAAUAUGCAUCCUUUGCUUUUUGCGCUGGGAAAGAAACUCUCUGUAGAGCUUGGUGUAAAGAAAAAGAAGUACAUGCCUUAUAAUCACCAGCAUAAAUACUUCUUUAUCCUUGGACCACCAGCUCUGGUGCCUUUCUACCUGCAGUGGUACAUCUUCUACUUUGUUGUCCAGCGCAAACAAUGGGCGGAUCUGGCCUGGAUGGUGACUUUCUACAUCCGUUUCUUUUUGACUUACUCAUACCUACUGGAACUGAAAGGUCUCCUUGGCCUCUUCUUUCUGCUCAGAUUUAUAGAGAGUCACUGGUUUGUCUGGGUGACUCAAAUGAACCACAUCCCAAUGAACAUUGAUUACGACAAGAAUGUGGACUGGCUUUCAACCCAGCUCCAGGCAACAUGCAACGUAGACCAGUCCCUGUUCAAUGACUGGUUCAGUGGGCAUCUCAACUUCCAAAUUGAGCACCACCUUUUCCCCACCAUGCCUCGACACAACUUCCAUAAGGUGACCCCCUUGGUGAAGUCCAUUUGCGCAAAGCACGGCAUCGAGUACCAGUCCAAGCCUCUGCUCACAGCCUUUGCAGACAUUGUACAUUCUCUGAAGGAUUCAGGGGAGCUCUGGCUCGAUGCGUACUUGCAUAAGUAAGAAGCAGGUGACAUCUCUCACCCUUGCUGCCUCCUGCUGUUGGCAUCUUGAAGAGAGCAGAGGCUUGGCUUAACCAACCAUGGGCAGCUGGCUGAGCUGAAUGCUGGGACUGAGUAUGAUGUUUCAAGAAGUCUUGUUCACUCAUGCACCUCACUCUCCUCCUCUCUGCUCUUGAAGAUACUGCAACCUUUCCAGGAAGAACGCUUCAGGACCAGGAAACGAUGCUCAUUUCUUUGCCGCCAUUUCACUUGCUUUGUAUGUAGAAGGGAAAUCUUAACUUAGGGAUCUCUUAAGGCUUCUGUCGCCCUGGUGUCCAGCUUGCCUGGCUCCCUCCUAGAGUAAAAAAGAACCGAGGAUGUGGAUGUAGUCUGAUGAGCGAGGUGGAGAGGAGAAGGCCUAGGGAAGGAGAAGAAAAUGCAGGAUCUGGGGAGCUGGUGGUAGAAAUAUCAGAUUAGGACACGAAAGCUUGAAGUUGGGGAACGAGGCAUAGCUGGGACUAGAGAAGACAACAGAUGCCAAACUGCAGUGCAGGUGAUUGUGAGAAGAGAGCACCCAAAUACUGAUACAGGCACACAUUCCAGGGCCAGGCUAGAGAAUGGCCAGCCUAUCUUUAACUACGGAAAGCAGUCUGGGCUAGGCUUUCUGAGCACAGGAGUCCAAGACAUUCCUGGGUGUACUUUUCACAAAGACAAAAAAGUGCCUUAAUUACAGAUGUGGCACUACUACCACUCCACAGGGCCACAUUUUGAAAGGGGGAUAAUAAAUGUCUGGUCUGGCUAUUGGUCAAACUUCCAGAGGGAAAUUGGGAGUACGAAGAUGCCCAAGUCCCUCAGUUUAGCUACUGGUAUGCCCCGACAACAAAUAGUGUAUACUUUCACACAACUGGAAUUGCACUCUUUCUAUAUUGCUCAGUUGCUAAGGGCUGUUUCUAGAUCACAUACCUGAUUAGACUAAUUCUGUUCUACAAA